AUGGCCUUACAAAAAUGGCGUCUACUGACUGCGCUCGUAUGUGUCUUGGUACAGGCCCACAGAGCGUCUUCGUCUCAGGAAGUCAUGCACAAGCUGACGAAAGGAUUCGCUAAAGCUUUUGACGAAUGCAAACAAGAACUAAACCUGAGUGACAACAUAGUACAAGACUUUAUGAACUACUGGAAGGAAGAGUACGAGCUUUUGAACAGGGAUACCGGCUGCGCCAUCAUGUGCAUGGCGUCGAAGCACGACCUCAUCACCGAAGAUAUGAAGCUACACCAUGAAAAUGCCCAUGGUUUCGCGAAGACUCACGGUGCAGAUGAUGACUUAGCCAAACAACUGGUGACAAUGAUCCACGAGUGCGAGGGUACUCACGCCGGCAUCGCAGACGACUGCAUGAAGACGCUGGAAGUCGCUAAAUGCUUCCGAGUUAAAAUCCAUAAACUCAAAUGGGCUCCCGACAUGGAAACAAUCCUUGAAGAGCUAAUGUCUGAUGUA